AUGCACAUAGUGAAGGCUCUUGUGGCAAAUGACAACUCUGACAAAAAAAAAGAAAAUCAUACUGGAAAUAUCCUAUCUCCACUAAGCAUCCUGGGUGCGUCCUAUGAACUUGAUGCGUGGAAAUACUUGUACAGAAGGUUGAAAGGAACAAUCCAGUCUCAUGGAUCUAAGGUCUCCCUGGCGGCGCCCGAGGAGUACCUGAACCUGACGAAGGACUGCAGCCGCUUCAAGGCGACGCGGCAGUUCAUCGAGUUCCCGCUGAGCCAGGAGGAGGCCGAGUUCCCCAUCGCCUACUCCAUGGUCAUCCACGACAAAAUCGAGAUGUUCGAGAGGCUCCUGCGGUCCAUCUAUGCCCCCCAGAACCUCUACUGCGUCCACAUGGACAGCAAGUCCCCAGCCUCCUUCCAGGAGGCUGUGCGAGCCAUCGCUGCCUGCUUCCCCAACGUCUUUGUGGCCAGCCGCCUGGAGAACGUGGUCUACGCCUCCUGGUCCCGGCUGCAGGCUGAUCUGAACUGUAUGCAGGACCUGCUCCAGAGUCCGGUGCCCUGGCGCUACCUCCUCAACACUUGCGGCACCGACUUCCCCAUUAAGACCAACGCCGAGAUCGUCCGCACCCUGAAGGUGCUGCAGGGGCGGAACAGCAUCGAAUCGGAGAGGCCCUCAGCCCUCAAGCAGGAGCGGUGGCGGUACCACCACAAAGUGACACAGUUCAUCUUCCGGACGACCACGCAGAAAGAGCCGCCGCCACACGGCUCCCCCAUGUUCACGGGCAACGCGUACAUCGUGGCCACGCGGGCCUUUGUGGAGCACGUCUUCCAGAGCCCCACGGUGCAGCAGUUCCUCGAGUGGGCCAAGGACACCUACAGCCCCGACGAGCACGUCUGGGCCACCCUCAACCGCAUGCCCGGUGUGCCGGGGGCUGUGCCGCACAACGACAAGUUCGAGCUCUCGGACAUGAACGCCAUGGCCCGCCUGGUCAAGUGGCAGUACCUGGAGGGCGACACCAGCAAGGGCGCGCCCUACCCACCCUGCACUGGCCUGCACCAGCGCGCCGUCUGCGUCUACGGCGCCGAUAUAUAA